AUGAAGUUGCUGAGAGUCCUUGUGCUGAUUGCCCUCCCCCUUUACUGCUUUGCAGGUUCUGGAUGCCCACUUGUAGAAGAGGUGAUUAACAAAACAAUCGAUUCUCAAGUGAGCACGGAUGAAUACCAAACUUUCCUGAAACCCUUCUCAGAUGGUCCUAGCACUGAUAAGGCCAUAGCACAACUGAAAGGAUGUUUUCUCACCCAGUCAAACGAAACUCUGAGCAAGGUUGGAGAGCUGAUGAACAUAAUAUAUGAAAGUAAGUGGUGUGCUGCAUUUUAA